CGCUUGCAGUUUGCAGUUUGCAGUCGAUACUCGAUCGUCGAAGAGUGAAAACUGGAACGUUGAAAGCGAUACGAAUAGUUUAAUCUGUUUGGAAUUUUUUUAAUCACUGUCUAAAAACUUAUCGAACGUUAAAUUUUGUCCUCGUUAUUGACUUCAUUUUAAUUAGAUUUGCGAUAUAAUUUAAGAAAAACGAUGUCUACAAAAGUUGACAACUUAAGGUUGGAUAUCGAGGAACUUGAGAGCUUACUUCAGCAAGCAGUACGACAAAAAACCAAAGAUACGCUCAGUCUUGAAGUUAGAAAAUUACAAACAGAGUUAACAAGAUUGAUCGAGGAAACCAAGACAACAACAGCAACAUCGACUAAUGCAACACCUUCUUCUUCUGACAAUAAAUGCUACGAAGUGAAGAUAAAUAACUAUUGUUGGGAUGAAACGAAUACAACGAUGAAACUUUAUGUUACAUUGGAAAAUGUACAACAAUUGCCCAAAGAGGCCGUGACUUGUAAUUUCUCAGAGAGAUCUGUAAAUCUCAAUGUUUUUGGAUUAAAUAACAAAAAUUACAAUUUAACAAUUAACAAUCUGUGCGAAGAGAUUGAUGUAAAUAACAGUAAUGUGAAAGUAAAAACAGACAUGGUUGUUGUAUUCCUUGCGAAGAAAGUUGCAAAGACAUGGUCGCAUGUGACCGAAGUAGAAAAGCGAAUGAUGAAAGCGAAAACAUCUACGGUUCCAGAAAUUGGUACUGAUCCUAAUGCCAGUAUAAUGAAUAUAAUGAGAAAAAUAUACAAUGAGGGUGAUGAUGAAAUGAAAAAGAUAAUAGCUAAAGCAUGGACAGAGAGUGAAGAGAAGAUGGUAGCAACCGGAUCAUUAUGAAAUUAUUCUUAACUGUAUGUCUAUGUGUUUUAAGUUUUUUUAUUUAAUAGAUCCUUAUAAAAAAAAAAUACUUUGUAAAAAAUAAAUGUAGUUUAUUCUGUGUACAAAAUCUAAGUUUAAAAAUAACUAGCUUACAUUAUUUUGAAUAUGUUCAUUAUAGGUAUACUUAUAUGUAUGUUGUAAGUAAUAUGAUAAAAAGAAGUAUCUAAAUGAUUA